AUGGAACGAUUUACACCGUACCAAGAAGAUCCUAUUUGGUCAAGAGGUCCUAGUCAAGAUCCAUAUAAAAGUGUUCACCAAUAUCAUAAUUCUCUUCAACAAUAUCCUCAUUCAGGAGAACAUACAACUGUUAUCCAUAGUAGUAUUAAACCUAUGCCUGAUUCAGAUAUCUACAAAGUUGGUAUUUAUGGAUGGAGGAAACGAUGUUUAUAUGUUUUUAUUUUAUUACUUACAAUUGUUAUUGUUAUUAAUUUAGCAUUAACAAUAUGGAUAAUGAAUGUACUUGAUUUCUCAACUGAAGGAAUGGGUGCAUUCAAAAUUGUUAAUGAUGGUAUCAAAGUUGAAGGUAAAAGUCAUUUUGAAAAAUCUGUUCAAUUGUCGCAAUUAUCUACUGAUAAUGAUGAUGCAUUAUUAAUAGAUUCCUCAAUGGGUGUCUUAAUUAAUGCUCAUAAUAUUAGUGGUUCAGCAACAUCUUCUCUUAAUUUAGAUCCAGAUGGAAAAGCUACUGCUAUAUGUAAUCGUUUUGAAGUUCUUAGUCCAGAUAGAAAACUAUUAUUUUUUGCUGAUUCCAAUGAAAUAGGUUUAAAAUUAGAUAAUCUUAGAAUUCUUGAUGAUGGUGGUAGUAUAUUUGAAGGAGCUAUUCAAACAUCUGUUGUAAGACCUGAAUCUGAUACACCAUUAAGUCUUGAAUCACCAACAAGAAAUUUAAAAGUUGAAGCAGCACAAGAUAUUGAAUUAUUAAGUAGUGCUGGUGAAAUUGUUUUGACAAGUUUAUUAGAUAUACAAAUGAAAACAAAAAAUGGUGAAAUUCAUAUGGAUUCAUCUAAUAUUUAUAUAAAUGGUCUUGAAAAAGCUUCAGGACAAGGACAUGCACAAUAUCAACUAUGUAUAUGUCAAAAUGGAAAAUUAUUUAUGGCAACAGAAAGAGCUGAUUGUAGAGCAGAUCGUUCAAUAUGUGAAUAA